AUGGUCUCUGCAGAAGAAGUCUACGCCAAACAACUCUUCAAACUUGGCAAGGGUUAUCCGUUGUGGAUACCUGAGCCUCGCAGGAGAGAAGACAACGUCGUCAUCGGAGAUGUAGGCUUCCUCAAUAGAGGAGGCUUUUUCCGCAUAUUCAAUGCCAUGGAGGACCACGAAUCCGCAUCCGACGUGCACGGUCUUCCAUCUGGGCACACAGUGUUCCGACCUUCUCUCCCUGCACAACGAUUCAAGGAUGCUGUAUCACAAGGUACUCUUCACAGUGAGAGCAUGCAUAUGCUACCAGCUCAACGCGCGCCCGACGAGCACGGUGCACAGCUUGGGUUCGAAUGCGAAUGCACAGACGACCGGGGCGCACUGCUCGUCGUCGGGUCACCAGUGGUCCGUGAAGAGCUUCAUCGAAGCGUUUCGAUGGGCCCCUACAUGAAGAAGAACAUGAACAGAUGGGUUUCCUUCGCGCAGACCCAGCUGGACCUGGAUAUCACUGAGGAUGAAAUCGUGUGGGUUUGCGGGCACGUCAAGACUUCGCAGUGGGCGGUUGGUGCAUAUCUGCAUCAGUCCAAGGGCGCGAAGAUCUCGUUCUCCGGAGACCUAGGAUUGCCAGCGAGUGCUUCCUUCAGUGUGCACACAUCGGAGACAGCCCUCCCAUCGUACGAACAUCGCAGCGGGCCAAAGAAGCGUCGGACUUUGACGGAAGUCGGCAAAAGCCAGCAGACGUCCCACGGGCCGACACGUAACACAGAUCGUGAAGGGUCAAGACGACACAGAUGCAAAGCGCCUGAUGACAAGCCUGAUCAGUGUAUAUUCAUUCAUUUCAUCAAGAUGAAGAGGAGACGUUUCCGGGGACGCAAGAUCGUGGCCAUGGCUGAGCCGCGAGACCCAUCUUUUCACAAAGAUGACGACAUGAUGCAGAUAGCGCCGGCGCAAGAGAACUGGAAUCCCGUGGACGACCUGCUGGAUUAUGUACUCGACUACUCAGAUGCUGAUAUCGCCAUAGCUAGCGAUAUAGACCUCAUCGAAAUAUGCAAGGCACAUAACAAAGACAAUCGAGAAUAUCUUAUACCGGAAGACGUAUGCGCUUUUCUCGGGAGCGUGCGACCUUUCAUCGAGGUUACGGAGGACAAAAUCGGAAGAAUCGUCCUUGAUGAAAGCCAUGUCACUGCGUCAGACACAGAGGACAUCAUCAAUGGACGAGGCGUUCUUCGAGGACAUUCCGAUAGUAUCGAUACUAUCAUCGGCGAGCGAUGCGUAGACAGUGCAGGCUCAGAGGGUCGCGAUGCUUAUGAAGAGCAGCUGAUUGGCUGCAAGACACCAGUAGUAGGAUUGCAAGGACAGGUAUCAAGCAUCAGCAAACCAGCCUCCAUGCCCACAGCACCACAUCAUGCUCGUGAGAAUGCCUACAGUAGGGAAGACUCUCCGAAGGCUCUCGCAAGCCCCGACGCUCUCUGUUCCCUUCGAGGAAACGUCACGGACAUCCCGCACGCAUCUCGUCCACCUCUUCCCUUGACCCGAAUCGCCCAUAACGUUGGACGGCGCAUCGUUCCGGCUGCUCGUUCUCCACUGCUGACUCUGUGCGCUUUGUCUCGUUAA